UCCUAACCAGAAAGGUCGCAAAAUUGUGAGAGGUGGAUAUCUUACAGUUUUCUGACUCACAGGCUACAGUUAAUUGUCCAUCAGAAGACAUUAUAAAGCAUUUCUGCAUGUGUAUAUAUCCUGUCCCUCUCUGUUCCUGCCUUUUUACAAUCAAGAGUAAAGCAGCUGUAAUUCUAGAGAUGUUAGGAGGGCAUAAAGUUUAUGUAGCAGAAGCACAUCUAUUUUACAGAAAAUGUCCCACUUAAAUUUUAGGGUUCUACCUGAACUGUUUGAACAGUUGCCAGACACACUCCCAAGCUUGUAGGGGUAUGGCACAGAAAUCAUGACUGUACUCCUUUGAAGAAUUCAAGAUAACCUGUAGCAUGCAUGGGGAAAUGUGACAUCUUCUCCCUUGUGAGUGAGGUUUCCAAAGGGCUGAAAAGCAAGGAAAAUGGAAAGCAAAAAGUGAAGUUGUCAAGUGGAGAAGAAAAGCAUCACCUAUGGAUCUGGACUGUUUAGAAAAGAAAUGUAGAGUUAACAUCUGCAAUCUGGUGUGGUCUUCCUUUUCAGAAAAAAUACUGUUUCUGGCAUUCAUGUUGGGAGAGAGGAGCCAUCCUUUCCAAGACUUUCAGUAUAGGCAUGCUUCUAAGAAGCGUAUUGACCAUAAGGAAGCCCACGUGCUAGUAACCAGUUUUUACUAAUCCCGCCGAAGAAGAUGAAGCCACGUUUCAGCUUUGCCGAUCCUUUUCCCACCCUGUCGGCUGAAUGAGAAAUGGUCGUGUGAUUAUGCUGACAGCCCAGCAUGCAUUUGGUAGACCUGUGGUUAACUCGUUCCCUCUCCAUGUGUCUGCUCUUACAAAGUUUUGUCCUCAUGAUACUGUGCUUUCAUUCUGCCAGUAUGUGCCCAAAAGGCUGCCUCUGUUCCCACUCCGGAGGUCUGAACGUCAGCUGUAGCAAUGCAAACCUCAAGGAAAUACCCAGAGAUCUUCCUCCAGAAACAGUCUUACUUUAUUUGGACUCCAAUCAGAUAACAUCUAUCCCCAACGAAAUUUUUAAGGACUUGCACCAAUUGAGAGUCCUCAAUUUAUCAAAAAAUGGGAUUGAGUUUAUCGACGAACAUGCCUUUAAAGGGGUGGCAGAAACCUUGCAGACUCUGGAUUUGUCCGACAACCGGAUUAAAAGCGUGCACAAAAACGCUUUCAACAACCUGAAGGCCAGGGCCAGAAUUGCCAACAACCCCUGGCACUGUGACUGCACGCUGCAGCAGGUGCUGCGGAGCAUGGCCUCCAACCACGAGACGGCCAACAACGUCAUCUGCAAGACCUCUGUGCUGGACGAACACGCGGGGAGACCCUUCCUCAACGCUGCCAACGACGCCGACCUCUGCAACCUCCCUAAAAAGACUACUGACUACGCCAUGCUGGUCACCAUGUUUGGCUGGUUCACCAUGGUGAUCUCCUACGUGGUUUAUUACGUCCGACAGAACCAGGAGGAUGCGAGGAGGCACCUUGAGUACUUGAAAUCCCUGCCAAGCAGGCAAAAGAAACCAGAUGAAGCCGAUGACAUUAGCACUGUGGUAUAGUAUUCUGAAUACAAUGACUGCCUUUGUGAUGGAAGCUAGAGUUGGAUGACGCUAAAACCAGAGGUUUACUUCUAACGUUCAUUGUAAACAUUAAGACUUUUGGGGCUUUUUUUUCCUGUUUAACUGAAUUACGCCACUGUUGAGCUUUCUAACAGAAAGUUUUGUCCGGGUGGUAAACUUCAAUUAUUUCUCUGGUGGUAUCCUAAAGCAAGUGAAUUAAUAUGUAAACAUUAGUUUAGACCCAUUCCACUAUUUAAUAACGAAAUUUAUUUUUUUAAUUUAAAAACCAAAUAAAAGCUUAAAUUUGAACCAUGUAAA